UGAAAGGGAGUUGGAGCUCCAAGUAUAAAACUCCAGCAGGCGCACAAACCCACGCAGCGCGCGGACUGAAGGACUGCAUCACUGCUGCUCUUCUGCCGAAUCCACCCUUCAUCAUCACACUUAUCAUCCAGCAUGAGUGAGAGACAAGAAUCCGGAUCAGCUGGAAACAUCAAACCCUCAGGUGGACAAGACCCAUCCAAGAAGGAAGUCCCUGCUGAGGACAUUGACAUCGACAUGGGUGCCCCCGAGACGGAGAAGGCUGCAGUCGCCAUCCAAUCGCAGUUCAGAAAGUUCCAGAAGAAGAAGCAGACGGUGAAAUCAUAAUCUCGCCCAUGUAGGGCGUCCCUGGCCCCCGUGGGCCCAACGCCACCAUUAGGGCAGGGAGUUGCAUGUCAGAUAAACGGCACUGUUCUCGGAUGGGGGGUCAUGGGAUGAUUGGGUUAGGGUGGGGGUGGGGGCAGAUGAGAGGUGAAGAGGCAAUUUGCCUUUUGCCAUCAUCUGUCAGGAAUAAAAUGUGAUAUUUUGGUUCCCCCAAGUACAUAGAUUUUUUCAAUAAAUUUCUCUUUCCUUUUAAAAUACUUUUGUUAUUUUUUGAUAAAUAUGAACUGACUUGUCUCAUUAACAUCAAGGUGUUUGAAAACAUCCAUCUUAAAGUGUUAAGCACUUCUGUGAUAGUUUUUCCUGUGUUUAAGACCAGAAAUCACAGGUAUUUAAUGCCAAAUGAUUGAGAAUGUUGCUCAAGGAAAACAUCCUGUACGGCAUCUAAAACUAAAAUAAUUAAGAUUCAAACAGCCUUAUUCAAUCUUUCACCUCUGUUGUUGUUUUUUUUUUCCGUCUGCAUAGAUGAACUGAUAUUGUGUUUGUGGUGUGUCAUUAUCAUCUUAACCAAGUCAAUGUUUUGUCAACAGUAUAUUAUAAUAUUCCUGACACCAAACAGUUGGAAAUAAUCAUAUGUGAACUGAAUAAAUAUUAGGAUGACUUUAAA